UCGCGCCGGGGGGAGGGGGGAGUUACCAUGGCAACGGGAACGCCUCGGCAUGUGAAGUGAAAGUGGAAGAAGAUCCUCUCAUCAUGCCUUCAACUUUCCAUUCGGGAAAUGAGGCUCGCGGCCCGAAUUCAGACACGGGCGGAGAGAUAAGAAUAAAACAUAAAAACACAAGCUUUCAAAAAUGUCUGUAGUAUUGCUUGUAAGGCUACUUCAGAAAGGUUGGUUGAAGCUAAACAGCAGCAUGAGGAUCCAUGUGCGUCUUCGACUCUGGGUUGGAUUGGCGGCAACAUAUCUGGUCUUCAUGGGACUUGUGCACUUGCUCCACGUCCCUCUGAGGUCAAAUACCAUCCAUUCCCACUAUGAUUUAUCCGCCGAGGGUGUUGUGUCAAAACACCGUGAACAUAUGAGAAAAGAAGCUGAAAAGUAUGCUCGAGCUGCCAUGAAGGAACCCCGUGCAGGGCUAGAAAUGGCAGAACAAAUAAGAAUAUUGACGGAGACUUAUAAAAAGGCAGAUGUCAACUCGGACAGUCUGCUAGAACUCUCAGAACUGACAACGUACAUCAGCGCGAAGAUAAAGGAACACCUGACUUUGGCGCUCAAGGAAAAUUUCUUCAUGUUUACAGCCAUUGAUUUAAAACCACGAAAUGGUAUGGUAUCCUGGGAAGAGUACCACAGGUACUUCCUCAAGCAGCAUGGAUAUGACGAUAACUAUAUUGACAACCACAAGAAGGACCAUAAGGGCUUGCCACGAGAACUCAAAGAAGCUAUCAUGAGAGACAAGGCAUCAUGGUCUCAAGCUGCCAGAGACAACCCAGAACAGCUGACCAUUGAUGAGUUUUUGGCCUUCAGACACCCAGAAUCAUCUCACGCGACAAUACUUAGCAUCGUAGAGGAAACCAUAGGGAGAUUAGAUGUUGAUGAAGAUGGAAAACUUACGGAAGAGGAAUUUUCCGACCCAACCAUGAAUGAAGUGCCAGAUUACAUGACAGAGGAACAAUUCAGGCUGGAUCGAAUUAAUGAAUUUAAAGUUGCAGAUCUGGAUAAAAAUGGCAAAGUUGAGAGAAAAGAACUGUUGCAUUAUAUUGAUCCCCGUAAUGUGCACCAUGCGGAAAAGGAAGCCGUGAAUCUUCUAGCUGCAGCCGACAGUAACCAAGAUGGAGUUCUUACUCUUGUCGAGGUGUUGGCUGAAAGAGAAAUAUUCAUGAAGAGCAAGAUGGUGGAUGCGGCAAAGAGCUUCCAUGAUGAAUUUUAAGCAAACUUCUCCAGAUCUCAUGAGCUUUGUAAAGUUGGUAAUCAAAGUAGGAUAUUAGCUGAUAUUAGUAAGAGUUUUAAACUAAGGUGAUUCUUUCCUGUCAUUGUUUAAUGAUGUUGAAAGUUUUCUUUCAAAUCCAUUUGGUUUAUGAUCUAGAAUUCUGUAAAGGAUUUUGAUCUUCAUCAUAAUAUUUAUGAUAAUGUUCAAUUUGGGUGAUUUGUAAUAGGUAGAGAAAGUAUUCAUGACUUUCAUUCACAAAGAGAAGACUUUUCUUUCACUAGUAAAUGUAUUUUUGACUGUUAAAACUAGCACAAACCUGAUUAUGACAUUCCUUCCUUUUUAUUACUUGUUCCGUGAUACUAAAAAUAGAUACUUGUUAGCAGUAUUAUUACUAGGUAGUAAGAUAUAAUGUAGUACAAGAAGAUGACUUUAUGAUGCAAAAGAUUUUUGUGAUGCAAUAUAUAUAUUCAUCCCACAGCUCAAAGAAAUAUUUAAAAUGUAUUUUUAAUACAUUUCACAGUACUUAGCACUGAAUGUAUUGAUUGUCUUGCAUAAUUUACUAACAGGUGAACAGUAUGAGUAAUGAAAGAGAUAAAAGUGCAAGGAUUCUUUAAACAAAUGGAAACCAGAUUGUCACUUAAGUGGGAUUGUGACGGAAUAGAAUGGCAUCGGAAGAAAUAGCGAUGCUUAUAUUUCUCUUCAAUUACUCACAUCACCAGUUCUUGAUACUGUUAUUUUGUCAUGGUCUUAUUUUUUUUUAUAGAAA